UCCAAAAGGUCUCAAUGGAUUCAUUGAACCGAACGAAAUUGAGCACGACAUGACAGACGAGGAGCUUCUAUGGAGAGCUUCCUUGGUGCCCAAAACCAGCUCUUUUCCUUACAAUCGCCUGCCUAAGAUUGCAUUCAUGUUCUUGACGAGGGGGCCUCUCCCCUUUAUUCCCCUAUGGGAAAAGUUCUUCCAAGGACACCAUGGCUUGUAUUCAAUCUACGUUCAUGCCGAUCCUUCACACAACGAGUCCGUACCGGUGGAGUCAGUCUUCCAUGGCCGACGAAUUCCAAGCAAGGUAGUGAAAUGGGGAGCACUGAACAUGAUGGAAGCAGAACGCCGUCUCCUCGCAAACGCCCUCCUCGACUUCUCCAACGAACGAUUCAUCCUCCUCUCCGAAUCCUGCGUCCCUCUCUUCAACUUCCCCACCGUCUACUCCUACCUCCUCAACUCCACCACCUCCUUCGUCGAAUCCUACGACAACCCCGCUCCCAACUGCCGCGGCCGCUACAACCCCCAUAUGUUCCCAACCGUCCCCGUCUCCGGCUGGCGCAAAGGCUCCCAAUGGUUCGAACUCAGCCGCCAGCUCGCCGUCCAAGUCAUCGCCGACGACCGCUUCUUCCCCGUCUUCCGGCGCUUUUGCCACCCUCCCUGCUACGUCGACGAGCAUUACCUGCCCACUAUGGUGAGCAUGAGCUUUGGCGAGCUGAAUGCGAAUCGGAGUCUUACGUGGGUGGAUUGGUCGCAUGGAGGGGCUCAUCCGGCGAGGUUUAUUCGUCCGGCGGUGACGCCGGAGCUGUUGCGGUGGAUGAGGGGGGGUUCAAGUUGCAUGUAUAAUGGGAGGAAUACGACCGUUUGCUUUCUUUUUGCGAGGAAGUUUCACCCGAGUUCGUUGACGAGGUUGUUGACCUUUGCUCCUAAGGUCUUGGGUUUUGGCAGGCGGUAGUUUUCUUUUAUGGUUAAUUAUUUAAUUUUUGAAAAAAAAA